CUAACGCUAUAAAAGCUCGCGCUACCGGAAACAUAGGGCGGAUCGGCCCGAGGAAGUUAUUUUCUGUACUUGUGUCGUCGAUCUCCGUGUUCGGGAACGGAAUCCCGUCGGAGAAGACAUACGACCGCCAUCCCCUUCAAUAUUAUAUAUAGAGAUGCGUUUUACAGUUAAAUGGAAAGAAACUCAUUCGUUAAGUACAAAAUACGAAGCGGAAUUCCUAAAUUAAUCUACUCGUACACACUUAAAUAUAUCUAAAUCGGAAGGAAUAUUUAAUUUAUGUUUAUAUUGGGCAUCGGAUACGAUCGGAUGAUAAGGCAAAAACCGAUAAAAAGUAUAAGGUGACGAAACAGUUUGGUUAUAAAAAGUUUUAUAUCGCCUAGCACAUUUCUGUCCGUACGAUUUAUACGUCGUUGGUCAAUGCUCGACGCAACAGGAAGCGGGUAAUUUUUACAUAAACUGUAAUGAGUUCGAGUUGGAAUCCGAAGCGUGAAGUUGAAAGUGACGGAACCGAUGCCGUCGGGUUAAAAAGGACGACGAGAGAGAAAAAGUUAUGUAUAGCCGUCAUCGUUCUUCUGGUCUUAGCAUUUGCUCUGAUAAUUGCAGUUAUUACUUUAGCCAUUUUAGGUAGAAAACACAAAAUGGAGGAAAUCUGUACAGAACCUUCGUGUGUAAAGACGGCUAAUCAUUUCUUGAAUACGAUGAACUUUUCUGUCGAUCCGUGCGAGGACUUUUAUCAAUUCAGUUGUGGACAAUGGAUAAAAGAUAAUUCGGAAGACGAAACGAGGAUGUUACAGGCAGCCAACGAAAAUCUGGAAAAGACUUUUAAAGAGAUAUUUAAAUUAGAAAAGGAGAACGAAGAUCUGCCCAAUAGUGUAAAAAAAAUCUUAAAGGCCUUCGAUGUUUGUAUAGAAUAUGAUGGUUUAAACUCCGAUAAUAUAGCUUGGAUUAAAAAAGUGACUAAAGAAGCGGGAGGUUUUCCACUGAUCGAGCGUAAUUUUCGUAGUUCCCGUUCUCAUUGGACCGAAUUAUAUUUGAAAGUUUUUAAGACUUACAUCAUCAGUUCACCUUUAGGAAUAAUGAUUACUAUAAAUCCGUUUAACACGAGUGAAAACAUCAUCGAAGUGGCCCAACCGAGUUUAGAGGGAGACGAAACGGAAAUAGAGAGAAGUACACUAGAAAAACUUGCUUCUUCAUUCGGCAACUCCAAUGAAACUUCUAUCGAUAAAGAUAUCGAUGAUAUAUUUUGGUUAAAAAAACAAAUUAUAUCACGAUUACGGUUUCUGUUUUUGUCUCAGAGCAAAGAAUUGAUCGAUUAUAUGACGAAAGCCAUGAAAGAAAUGAUUGAUCAAACGACCUGGUUAGAUAAACCAACGAAAGAAGCGGUUCAAGACAAAUUGAAUCAUAUGGUGACGUUCUUGAGCUUUCCACAAUGGACUCGAGACGUGAAAGAACUGGAAGUUUAUUUUAAAGAACUUCCCGAAAUGACCAACAAUUCUUUUGAAAAUACUUUAAACUUGCAACGUUUUUCGUUUAGGAAAUAUAUGGAUUUCUAUCAUCAAAAAAAUGAUAGAUCAAAGUGGCCACGAAUUUCUGAAUUAGGAGGAUCGCAAUUGAAUGCGUUCUAUUUUCCAGAUUUGAAUAUUGUCAUAAUUCCCGCCGGUAUUCAGCAAUUACCAUAUUACGAUGCCGAACGACCCAAAUUUAUGAAUUUCGGAGGAAUGGGACUCAUUUACGGUCACGAAAUGACUCACGGAUUCGACGAGUCAGGAAGUUUAAAAGAUAAAUAUGGAAAUCUUAAAAACUGGUGGACAGAAAAAUCCAGAAAAGAAUUUAAGGAAAGAUCGAAGUGUUUUAUCGAUCAGUACAGUUCUUACGCAUACGGAAAAGGUACCAAAAGAAAAGUCGACGGAAAGAAAACUUUAUCGGAAAAUAUUGCCGAUAAUGGUGGAAUACGUCAAGCUUAUCUGGGUUAUAAAAAAUGGGUAGAAGGUCACGGUAGAGAGAAACGUCUGCCGGGUCUAGAAAAGUACAGUCCCGAACAAUUGUUCUUUGUAUCUUUCGCUGAGUCGUGGUGUAGUAGUUUUCCACCGUGGUACGCGGCUCUGGCUCACGCCGAUGACGAACACGCCGCUGAUCAAUUCAGAGUGAUCGGUAGUAUCGCCAAUAUGAAAGAAUUUUCUGAAGCUUUCAAUUGUAAACUGGGUUCUAAAAUGAAUCCCAAAAAUAAAUGUAUCAUAUGGUGAACGAAGGGCGUAGUUUUAUAACCGUUUUAACUGAUAAUAUCUUUGAAAAUGUAAUACCCACUGCCACUUUAUGUAUUAAAGAUAU